AUGACGCGCGGCGCGGAGAGGUUUAACAUCGCGGUGAGCGCGACGGCGGCGCAGCGGAACAAGGCGCACGUCGCGCGCGUCGUCGACGCGUUCGUGCGAAGCUCGAGCGCGGGACGGGAGAAAAAGUUUGAGCUGCUCGAACUCGGCUGCGGCGUCGGCGCGCACGCGGCGGAGAUCCUGCGCGCGAGCGGCGCGGCGUGCCUGAAGAGGUAUUACCCGACGGACGUGUGCGACCACGACGGGUCGUUCGCGGCGGUGAUGGAGAAUUGCGCGGACGCGGGGGCGAGCGGGACGUGCGCGGCGCCGCGGACGAUGGACGCGACGACGAUGGCGGACGUCGUGGAGGCGGAAUCGUUGGAUGGGGUGCUGAUGGUGAAUGUGGCGCACAUAUCGAGUCGCGCGGCGACGCUGGGGAUGUUUGCGGGGAGCGCGAAGGCGUUGAGGAAGGGUGGAUUGGUUUUCGUGUACGGGCCGUUUAAAGUCGGCGGCGAGUUUCGAUCCGAGGGCGACGCCCGGUUCGACGCGUCGUUGCGAUUGAAGGAUCCGGAGAACUUUGGGCUGGUGGAUUUGGAGUGGAUGGACGAACAGGCGAGAUCGGUCGGGCUGACGCCGGCGUCUGUGGACGGGAUGAAGUCGCCGGUGGAAAUGCCGGCGAAUAAUCUCACGCUCGUGUACGCGAAGUAG